UUAUUAAAACUAAACUGCUGAAGUAAAAAUGGCAGGCUCUGAUGAUGUUCAUCCUCCUAAUAGGUCCAUUAGUCUGCCGUCUAGAAUUCACCCCAGUUGUGUUAAGUUAGAAUCAAGAUUAAACCAGCUUAAAGCCUGGAAAAUUCCUUCAACUACAGCUAGCGCCGAUGCAAUCCAAAACAGCCUUGUUGGUAUUGCAGAAUUGUACAAUUGAAUUGAAGAAUUCAUCAACUCCCCACAAGCACAACAAGCUCUUCUUCGCCAUCGAAAUGGGAAACUGGUGGAAGAAGCUUUAGAUGGAUCAGUCACAUUGCUGGACACUUGUGGCACAGCGAGAGACGUAUUACUGACAAUGAAGCAACACGUGCAAACUCUUCAAUCUGCUCUGCGGAGAAGAGAUGGAGACUCAAGCAUUGAAAGCCACAUUGCAGCCUAUUUUAGCUUCAAAAAGAAGGGGAAAAAGGCCAUUGCAAAAUGCCUCGCAGAGUUGAAGAAAUUGGAAAGCAAAGCUUGCAUGUCUUCUGACUAUUCUUCAGUCUUAGAAGCUGAUCAUCAUCUAUCAUUUAUAAUCAAAGUUUUACAAGAAACAAGCGCCAUUAACAUCUCCAUUUUUCGAACCCUUCUGCUAUUCUUGUCCACGCCAACUAUGGUUACAAAGCUAGCUGGGUGGCCAUUGAUCUCAAAGUUAGUCUCCAUGAGACUAUUAACUUCUGAUCAGAAAGAGCAAAAGUUGAUUAAUGAAGUAGAGAAUGUGGAUGUUGCUCUUUACUCUCUACAGCGGACGAGCAAUGGGAAGAAAAUCCAAUCACAGAUGGCUCAAAGAUUGUUAGAGACUCUUAAUUUUAGUGUUGAAGCGCUUGAAGGUGGAUUAGAAUCCAUUUUCAGAUGUGUAGUCCAAAAUAGAGUCUCUUUCCUUAAUCUCCUCACAAAUUAGUACUGUAAAUGAGACCAAACUGGCCAUGGCAUCCGCAUUUUACAGGACUGCCAUUGUUCCAAAUAUGUGCUUCUAAUGCUGGAACAACUUAUUCAUCAAACAAAGCAUUAAGUGCCAACUGAAAGUAACUUUAU